UCUCUUAAAAAAGAAAAACAAAUUGAAGGCGUGUAGAUUUGAGUUCGUGAGUUGAAUGUAGCUGUGGUUAGUUAAAACCACGACGGUCCCCUGUGCUCUCUCUUCUCUUCUUCGUAACUAUCGAACUAAAAAAAUCAAAUAAAUAAAUAAAAGCUUGAACUUGUUUUCUUUUUAUAGCUCUUAAUUCUUCACCCACUUUAUUUCUCCCUUGUCAUCUUUGGAUUUGUUUCUUCUUUUGUUUUCCCUCAGAUUUCUCUCCACGUCUCUUAAAUCUCAUCGCCUACAUUUUCUUUCUUCUUCUUCUACUUCUUCUUCUUCUUCUUUGUUUAUGUAUAAAGCUAAAACUAGUACUGGGUUUGCUUUAAAACACAAUAAAAAUGGCUUCUUCAAUCUCUGUUCCAAGCCCCAAGAUCUCUUCUUUUUUUAAAACAAAACAACAAACCCAAAGUCAAAAUAUCUCCUUGGCUCUUCCUCAACGUUCAAACUCUUUCUUGUCAUUUGGAUCUUCAAUCCGGGUACCUGCAUUUUCAGGAUGUCAGUGGCCUAAUGGGAAGCAAACUACUGUCUUCAAGAGCAAUGCACAACUUAAUGAGGUUGCUGCAGAGAAAUAUUCAAACUCUCUAGCAGUAGUUGAGCCUAAAGUUGCAUUGCCCAAGGAGGAUGAUAAAUAUGCAGAAAACACUAUUCCAGAUGUUGCAGCAAUCUCAGCAUUCAUGACACAAGUCUCAGACCUUGUUAAACUUGUGGAUUCAAGAGAUAUUACGGAGCUGCAACUGAAGCACUCAGAUUGUGAGCUUGUAAUAAGAAAGAAGGAAGCUUUGCAGCCGCCGGAACCAGCAGCUCCAAUUGUCAUGCCACAAUACAUGCCUCAUGCAAUGUUUCAAACUCCACAUCCAACAGCCCCAGUAGCAGCUGCUGCUCCUGCUAGCCCAGCCCUUCCAGCACCAGCACCAGCACCUUCCUUACCUCCCCCUGCUAAAACAGGCAGUUCAUCUCAUCCUCCCUUCAAAUGCCCCAUGGCUGGAACCUUAUAUAGGAGUCCUUCACCAGGUGAACCUCCAUUUGUCAAGGUGGGAGAUAAGGUACAGAAAGGUCAAGUUGUCUGCAUCAUCGAGGCUAUGAAAAUGAUGAAUGAAAUUGAAGCCGACCAAUCUGGAACCGUAACCGAGAUAUUGGUAGAGAAUGGCAAACCAGUUAGUGUAGACAUGCCUCUUUUUGUCAUUGUGCCUUGAAUAACAUGGCGAAGGAAGUGUUUCAAGCUUUCUAACAGACAAUGUUUUCGGUUUACAAUGGAAUAUUUAAAGCAAUAAUGGUUCUCUUGUGCUUCUGAGAAUUAUAUGCAGCUGCUUUUAUGUUUGAUGCUUAGAACUUCACAAGAGCCUCCUGUAAGGGAUUCCACGGUUUAUGCUUAGUUUUCAGACGUUUAGCAGAUAUAAUUUAUUCCCUUUUUGUCUUUCCAAACAUUUUUUUCCUGACAAUUAUUUGCUUCACUAUUAAAUUAUAUAAAAAAAGGACAAUAAAUAAAGAUGCUGAGA